UGUGCGUGCGCCCGGUGUGGUGUUUACGGGGCUGCGCUUCGCCGAGCCGCGCGUUCACAUGAUCUGAUCGCGUUAUGCUCGUACGUCUUUCGUUUAUAUAGCUUCUUAACGCGUCGGUAACGCGAUGUAUCGCUCUCUGUUCUCCUUCAGCUCUGCGGAGCGGAACGCGCUGCGCUUCCCCGCGGGAGAGUGCUUCCUCGUGCUCGAGCGCAGCGGCGCGCACUGGUGGCUCGCGACGCGCUGCAGCUCCGGAGAGACGGGAUACAUCCCCGCCGCGUACAUCGAGAAGAUACCGGUUCCAGAGCAGGACGAGGUUCUGCAGUCUAUUGAUCGAGCCAUUGAAGCCAUUCACAAUGUGGCCAUGACCAACGGAGGCAAAUACAACCUGGAGCAGAGAGACAUCCUGCAGAAGUUGAUCCACCACAGGAAGGAGACUCUGUCCCGCAGAAGCCCGACUCCAUCGGGUCACAAGCAGAAGAUCCCAUCCUCCUCCAGUGAGGUGUCACCCAACGGUCUGAGCCGAGCCUGCAGCUGCGAGCCGGCGUCCGAGCGUUCCGCUAGCAUACCUGGACUCUAUCAGGUUCCUCCUCAGCCUCGCAGAGCGGCGCCCGAGACUCCGCCUCUGCCGGAGAAACAUCGUGAAUCACGACGCAAUGAUCCAGAAGUGUCACUGACAGUCUCCUCCACAAGCCCCACCCCCAGCCCUGUCCCUCCCACCUUACCCUCUCUGUCUGUCAGCUCCACCUCCUUAGACUCCAGCUCCUCCCACUCGGACGUCUCCUCAGUCAGUCUUCCCAGCAUCAGCAGAACUCCACCCCCCGUGCCAAAACGAAGCAAGGCUCCGCCCCCUCCUAUUCCUGACCGAUCCCCACAGGAAGAGCCUUCGAGAAAGAGCUCACAGGCUCCGCCCCCUCCCGUGCCUGACCACUCCCCUUCUCCAGACCCUUCAAAGAAAAGGUCGGCGCUUCAGCCAAUCAGUAAACAGCCUGCCACCGAACACCAAUCAGAUGCAGAGUGGCCACUGUCUCUGCCCCAUGCUUCUCUCAGCACUCCCGGUAGCCCCACCCCAUCUGCAGCCGUUCCCGUGACGAUCGGAGCGGAACUGAUCGAACUGGUGCGCAAGAACACGGGCCUCAGUUACGAGCUGUCGCGGGUUGCCGUGGGCGUGGUGGUGGGUCACCUGCAGAGCGUGUUGCCGAGGGCGACGGCGGACCUAGAGCAGGUGCUGCUGUCGCUGGUGGGGAGUAAGGAUCUGGGCGCGGCGCUGCCGCUUGGACAGGUGUGUCACGACGAGCAGCGGCUGCAGGUGAUCUUUAGUGAUCUGGCGCGUCACCGUGACGACUCGCAGCAGCGCAGCUGGGCUCUGUACGAAGAUCACGCGCUCAUCGCAUGCUACCUGGAGGAGUUACUGCAGAUACUGACUGACGCGGAUCCUGAGGUGUGUAAGAAGAUGUGUCGUGUGAACGAGUAUGAGGCGGUCCUGUCGCUGGUGUCCUAUUAUCAGAUGGAGCACCGCGUGUCGCUGCGUCUGCUGCUGCUGAAGGUGUUCGGGGCGAUGUGUGGUCUGGACGCGGCGCUCAUCUCCACCCUCCUGAACUCCGUCCUGACCAUGGAGCUGGCGUGGGACCUGCAGACGGACACUCAGGAGCAUGAGAAGAUGUGCUAUAGCGCGCUGCUGAUGGCCAUGAUCUUCUGCAGGGGCGAGCAGAUCCCGCUGCAUCACUACGAGCAUCUCAACAGUGCUUUCCUGCAGUUCCUGCUGGACGUGAUUGAGGACGGCUUGCCCUCUGACCCCACCGAGCAGCUGCCAGACCUCUUCAUCAACCUGCUGCUGGCCUUCAACCUGCACCUGCGCGUACCGGAGAGUAACAUGGUGAUGCAGACGCUGAUCAAGAGACACAAUGUGAAGGUUCUCACUGAGAAACUACUGUUACUGCUCAACAGAGGAGAGGAUCCGGUGUGUGUGUUUGAUCACGCUCCUCCUGCGCCGCACUCCGUGCUCAAGUUCCUGCAGGAUGUGUUCUCCAGUCGAGACACGGCUGAUAUCUUCUACCGCAGCGACCUGAUGGUGAUGAUCGACAUCGCAGUGAGGCAGAUCUCAGACCUGUCGCCCGGAGACAGCAUGCGGGUGGAGUAUCUGUCUCUCGUGCUGGCCCUCGUGCGCUCCACGGACUAUCUGGAGCACCGGCACCGGCUGAGCGACCUGCAGGCGGUGCUGCAGAGGAUCCUGGGAGAAGAGGAGGACUGUGGGGAGGAUCAGGGCUCCAGCAGACAGAUGGACAAACUCAUCGUGCAGCAGAUCCACCGGGAGUUUCCUCAGAUCUCCAGGAGCUGAUGAACUCUCACACCUGACCCAGCGCUAAUGACCGUCAGCUCUGACCAGCGAUGGAGCAUGAGGUGUGCUGCUGGACGCCAGUCAGCUCUGUGCUAAAGGAGCUAUUUUUCCUCGUAUGUUUUUGUUCAGAAGGGAAACAGUAACGAUAUAUUUUCUCAAUGUUGAAGCGCUAGUAAAAUGCUUUCAUCCUAAUGCACCUGACAUACGUGUCUGUGUUAUACGUAUGUUAUUUGUAUAAAAAUACAAAGUGCAGCGUAAUUACAGAAGAAACUUUUCAUUUCUAAAGCUCCAAAAACCUUACUGACUGGGGUAAGAGUGCACUAAAUAAAGGAUCUCAGUUAAAUAUGUGCAGUGUCACAUGACCAGAGCAGUUUACUUCCUGUUUGCACCUUGAGAAGAUGAUGACUGCAUCAGAGCUCCAAAACGAAAGGCUAGUGAAGGGCUCCUGUACUCGUUAAAAUGCCCCGAUAGCACACAGCAUGUGAUAAGAGCCAUAUUCAGACAGCAGAAUGGAGUUAUUAGAGAUUAAGGAUGUCUAUGAAGUAUAUGUAUGCAAUGAAUAUAAUGUUAAACAUUCAGUUGUAAUGCCUUGAUUGAUUGUAAUCCAUUACAUAUCUUUCUAUCAGAGUUAUCUGACAUCAAGAUGAAUUUGUUCUUCUGACACAGUUUAACUCUGAGCUCUUCUCAUAUUUUAUUACCAUUUUCUAAACUACAGAAAAUUUACUUUUAUAAAGUGAGAAAAGUUGAAGGUGUCUGAAUAAAUUUAGGUUUGACUGUAUCUGUUUGAUAAAUGGAGUUAACCAACUAGCAUUAUACACACUAAUGGGUUCUGUACCUAAUAUUUUAAAAAACGUACAAAUGCAAUAAAAUAUCGGUGUACACGGUAUCAGCAAGUACUAGAAAUAAAAGUAUCGGUAUCGGGUGAGUACUGGAAAAAGUGGUAUCGGUGCAUCCCUAGUGUUAACAGAGAUAUGAUGAAGAUUUUUGGUACAUGUAUCUUUAAGUUGUGAAGUAUUAAUAUAUGAAUUCACAUGUAUUCAGCUUCGUUGAGUGUGGUCAUAGCAUGAGUAAACAUGUUGAUGUCACGAUAGUAACAGUUAAUUUAGGUAUACAAUAUGAAUCGAAUCGCAGUUGUUAGUGCAACAUGCACUUUUACUUACCUUCUUAUAUUUCUCACCAAAAACCUUUCUUAUAAUUUAUUUAUUUCUCUAAAAAAGUAAAGAAAAAAAAA